AUGUCAGCGGAUGAAGAGCAGCAAGCAGAAAAAGGCGGGACUACUGCAGCCUCUUCCUGUCCCAGAACAGCCAUGGCAAGUGGUUAGCCUGGACUUCAUCACCGGGUUACCACCUACCACCAGCGGUCAUGACGCAAUCCUUGUCGUCAUCUACAAGUUCUCCAAAAUGGUACACUUCAUCCCGACACACACGACGGCGCGCACCGAGGAGACAGCACAACUCUUCGUUCGUCACAUCAUCCCACAGCAUGGCAUUCCAACCACACUCAUCUCCGACCGAGACCCCAAGUUCACCAGCAAGUUCUGGAAGGAACUUAUGUCUCUUCUCAGAACCAAACUUGCCAUGUCAUCCGCUUACCAUCCGCAGACAGACGGACAGACCGAGCGCCUCAACCAUUGUGGACAGCCUUGACUCACGUGGGAGAAAACAAA